UCGCUCCGUGACACUGGGGAACUUUUCCGUGAGAAGGACGUGGACAUGAUAGAGGUGGGAACCGGCGAACAAACAUGUGAAGACAGUUGUGAUCGAUAAGAAAUUCGUUUAUUUAUUGCGAUCAGGAGAAGAUGAAGAAUUUAAGUUCUACACACGUGACACCGUCUCACCUGACUGAGGUUCGGGACAAUCCGGUACAAGCCUAUCUCCUGGGAAUCAUCAUCUCCAUAUGUGGGAAUGUGCUCAUCAGCAUUUCACUCAACAUACAGAAAUAUGCCCACGUCCGUCAGUCUCAGCGCAGCUCCAAGCCUUACUACACCUCCUGGUUGUGGUGGUGCGGUGUGCUUCUCAUGGGUGUUGGGGAACUGGGGAACUUUGCCGCCUACGGCUUUGCUCCAGCGUCGCUCAUCGCCCCGCUGGGCUGCGUGUCAGUCAUAGCCAGUGCAAUCAUAUCGGUGGUUUUCCUCAAGGAAACAGUGCGAGCCGCCGACAUUAUCGGUGGCACAUUGGCAAUAACAGGAACAUACCUCCUGGUGACCUUUGCCCCCCACACCUCUUCACACAUCACGGCCCACUUGGUCCAGUACUAUGCCGUCAGCUGGCACUUCCUGCUUUAUCUUUUUGUAGAGGUCAUCAUCUUCUGCAUCCUCCUCUACCUCUACAAGAUGAAGCACGUGAAGCACAUCGUGGUGGUGAUGCUGCUCGUGGCCCUGCUCGCCUCUCUGACGGUCAUCUCGGUUAAAGCCGUGUCAGGGAUGAUCACGGAGUCUGUGAAGGGCCACCUGCAGUUCAUCUACCCCAUCUUUUACGUCAUGCUUGUCGUCAUGAUCUCCUCCUGCGCCUUUCAGAUCAAGUUUCUCAACCAGGCGAUGAAGAUGUUUGAUGCCACGGAGGUGGUUCCCAUCAACUUUGUGUUUUUUACCACAAGUGCUGUUGUUGCAGGAAUAGUAUUUUACCAGGAAUUUGAAGGCUUGGCUUUACUGAACAUUUUCAUGUUCCUUUUUGGAUGUUUUCUGUCUUUCCUCGGAGUUUUCCUGAUAGCCCGAAACAGGCCGAAGAUAAAGCAUCAGGAUCGCAAUUUCAUCCCAAUGGAUAUGAUCCCCGGGAGAAGACACACGGACAAAGUGCAGCCCGAGGCAAAGACUCCAACAUACGGAUCUCUGGCAGCCAAGCUAAUGUGCAACAGAGCUGAGCCAACGGACGAUUCAUAGACUCUGCUCCAUCUGUUGGGACUUGAUUUUUGUGCCUUUUUCUGUGUAUUUCAGUGUCUAUUUAUAGAUGUAAAAGCAUCAGUUCAAGCUUGUGCCCUCAGAUGGCAUUUGACUUUUGUCAAAAAAGAAAAACAUUUUUUCCUGAAAAAAAAAUUAUGAAUAACAGUAUUCGCAAAAAUAAGAUAAAUGAGAAAGAUAAUGUGAUGAAACACCUCAGGAUCAAAGAGCGACAUCACAUGACAUGAAAAUAAAAGCAAUUAAUUUUAACAAAAGACAUCAGAGGUCACUGUGUUGAAUGCCUUCCUCUAUAAUAUCUGUUAUUUUAAUGUGCAGGAUUAGUUUUCAAUAAAAAUGA